ACGCUUUCGUUCUCGCAGCUGACAAAGGUGCAUCUGGGAGCUUUCAUCCCACUCCAUUCCUUUGCUUUUCAUCACAUUAUGCAAGGGCAUUGCGAUAGCUCAACACAAGCAUCCCCGCUGCACAUAGAGCAUAUAGUACCGGCUCGAGCAUCGGGGGGCGAUCUGGAUGCACCUUUCACACAUGCUCAGUUUCCGACCUUCUUCCCGCGACCCGUUCCCUCGACAACCAGUGACAAAGACGGCUGUCGCUGGACCACUGAGCCAGGCUAUUGGUUCUUUCGCUAUAAUCAAUGUACACUCGAAGUCCGUGCCUAUGUCACUCUAGGCGUUGCUGGAAUGAGGUUGCACGCACACAUGUUGAAAGACACCGUAAAGGACCAACCUGUUAUAACAGCGGCAAUUGGCGGCUGUAUUCUGGGGUCGAAUCAGGUGGUGUUGUCGACAUGCGAUGCGAAAAGUAGAUCAUCACGGCUAUGGUUAUUCAGCCCAGUGGAUGGAGUUUCCCCGCUCGAUUUGGAUCUUCAGAAAGAGAUGGUAACAUCUUUGGCCAUAUCUACAGUAUGUCAGUCCGAGAACAUGCUCGCGACGUCCAGCACCCGAGCACCGCAAUAUUUAGCUGUCGGAACAGAAAGAAGUAUUCACCUGUUGGAGCUUGAUGAGGCGAUCAAAAAGGGCUGUUGGGAUUCGUAUAAGGGUGACCUUUCAGGUGCAUCCGGGAAGAUCACCGCCAUGACCACGUAUGUCCCACCAAAUGCCACCUCCCCAAUAAUAUUCGUUGGAAGAGAACGGAGCACGAUAGAGCUGUGGCGAAUCUCAGAGGAAUCUGACGAUGAACUUGAAAUGUUUGCAAAGUUCAGGGGCUCACAAAAAAAUGUUCCGGUAACGCAUUUGAGAUUCGAUGGCCCAGAAGGCACUUUUAGAAAGUAUGGCGUACUACUCUUUGGACAGUCUGACACGCCGGCGACACAAGAGGAUACAAUGUUACUGCCGUCGCCAUCGAUGACCGCUCUUUAUUUGGAUGAACGGUUUGCAAAAUUGGACACACUAUUGCAGUGCUCGCUGACCAAUGGAAAGCCGGGCUUGUUAGUGGCUCUGAAGUUUGCUCGCGUCGGCAAUGCGCACCGCGUUUUUGCUGCCACCGUCACAUAUCGCGGAGAGGACGUGCUCAGCGAGGUGCAGGCAAUCACGGUGGAUGCCGAUAGCAGAGAAAAACAUGACUUCGCGCGAGUCAAACUUCCUGCUUCCGAUGCCGACCAAGUGAUGGACAUCUGCCCCUCCCCGGACGCUGCGGAUUGCCGUAUCCUGUAUUUAGAUAAGGUUGCAACUUGUAGGGCAUUAGCACCCCCAGUCGGGAGUAGUUGCACAAGGAAAUCCAGUGAUUGGGAACAAUACUUCCAGUCGUCCACCGGAUGGUUUCCAUAUCAGCCCAAAGACAGGGAACGGAUUUUGAAGAUGAGAGAAAGAUUAGACAAUGAGCUAUUCUUUGACCUUCUUCUUGCGACCGUUGGCAUAAUAGGAAAGGAAUUGUAUCCUCCAAAGGAUGCGCAACAACUGCGAGAUUUGUAUGAUGCCAUCAUGACCGCAGAUACUACAUCAACAAAGAAGAACUGCCUGAUUAUGUACUUGAUCAAAGACUGGAAAAAUGGCAAGGACCUUGAGUUUUCAAACUCCCGAUUUGUCAGUCAAUCUCCAUAUAAAAGAAUAUGUGGAUUUUGGGAUAUGGAUCAUGGAUUGCUUCAGGAAGGUGUUCAAUGUCUUGGAUGGCCUGGCGUCAAGCCCGAGUUCCCCGAAAAGAUCAUCAAAGCUCUAAUAAUGCAUGGCAUGCCAUGGGACGCCCGGGCAUUCAUUCAAGCUGUAAAGCCUGACUUCACGACAGACUCAGCUAUUCGCCUUCAUAUGAGUGUACUCUUGGCAACCAAUUUGCUCGAAGCGUUCAGAUAUCAGAGACGAUACCAGAAUCACCACAUCGGCGAUGUUUUGUGGCAUCAGCUUCUUCAUUAUUGUUUCCAAAAUGGAACCAUUGCAAAGCCCCUGGCAUCUGAAUUUCUUCAGCUUCCUAUAAAUCAAUAUGAAGAGUCGUUACUAGCCAGUUACUGUGCAAAAUUUCCAACUCGAGCAUGUCGCGAGACGUUGAUCAAAUACUAUAUCGCCCGAGCUCGACACGUUGAAGCAAUCUUAUUAUUGGAGGAUUUAGCCAGUGACGCCAGCGUGAGAAAUUCGGGCAAGGACGACCCACCAGACGGCUGUCACUUCAAUGAAUAUCGCAUCAAUCUCAUGCUAGCUAACUUGCAAACGAUGCUGACGCCUCUAAACAAGAUUCGGUUGGAGCUGGCGAGGGAACCGCAAACAGCGGUUAAAUCAAUCGAGAAUGGUGGUGAAUCCAUUCCAUUAUCUGCCCAAAAAUGUGUCCGCAGUGUUGCAAAGACCGCCGCAGACGCGCAAAAGAUCUUGUUGAGAGCACUGCGAACCGCCCUUCCGACAGAUAUUAGGGCAGCUCAGACAACUCCUGCCGAAGCGGUUCUGGAGAACCAGAUGUCCGAUUUUGAUUUCAUGGAUAUCAAGGAACUCUCGCUACCCUCGCCCAUAUCAGUGCGCGAUGAGGAGGAUGAUAUUGCAAUGGUGGAUUCGCCACAGCACACUGGCAGCGCGAACGUCUCUGUCUCUGCCAUAUCGACCCCAUCACCAACGCAACGUUUCGAAAAGCGCAGGGGUUCUCCAGUGGCGCAGGAGGAAGAAGAAGAAAUGUCUCUAAGAAAGUCGACCGAAAUUGGUCGCGCCAGUUUCGCGGAAACCCUAGAGGGUGGCAUGGAUGUCACUGCUCAACCAAAGAUUCGCCGGGUCGGCUUUGGGCUCACAGAUUCGAGCUCCGAAUCUGAUUCGGACUCUGAGCCGUCAAUGGUGGUAACGCCCUACCGUGAUGGUAAAACGUUUGAGCUGAACAAUGUCGCGACACCAAUCUCUUCGGGUAACACUUACCCCGAUAAAGCACAAGACGAUGGAAUGCAAGUGGAGCACGUUGAAUGUCACACAUCCCCCGUUGGACCGCUCGUCAACAGAGGACCACCGUUGCGAUCCAUGUCGCAUUUCUCGCCAAGGGAAGACAAGAAAGUUGUUACCGACAUGGAUAAGAACGUGAAGAACGCUGAACUGAAAGCAGAGCGAUCACGGCAGCGCAGAUUCCUGGACUUUGUGGAGCCGACUCCAAUCAGAAAGAGUGGACGAUUGGCCGCAAAACAAGCAGAGAGGAAUGAGACGCCCGUUCCAUCCCAGUUGGGUGUACGACUAGAGACGCCCGUCCCCAACAAGCCCAAAGGUGUGUCGUCGCGUACAAUGGGAAAAACUCCCGCACGCGCACGCCCACUGCUUUUGCACGAAGAUACGGAGAAUAUCGAAAUCACCAAACCCAGUACACGAAAGAAGACUGUUACUUCCUCACGACCGGCUACCACCCAUAACGAACCUCGACGUUCAGCGCCACUUGGAGAGCGGAACGCACCAGCCCCAUCCACCACACGGAAGCGCGCUACCGCAGCAAAAACUCCGGCCAGGAAGACGGCUGUUCCAGCCACCCCCGGCCCGCAAGAUGACCCAAUGACCCUCGAUGAGCUUUCAACACCCUUGUCAACCACGUCCACUACAAAGAGCGUAACUGCCUCUCGCAGGAAGACGCUCGGGGUCGAGCUUGGUAGCGUCCCCUCCACGCGGUCCACGAGAAAGACACGUGCGACACCUGCUGUGGAACGCACCAUUGUCACCAGAAGGAUGGCUAAACAGAUGGGAACGGAAGGAGGGUUGUGAACAUAUACGAUACUUUGGAAGACAUUCAAAGACACUUCAAACGCAUGACUAGAUAACAUUGUAAAUAGCGGUAUUCCAAAAAAUAUAUAUAUAAAAAUAAUGUAUGCAUCGG